GGCCAGCUUCAUGGAUGUGGAAGGGUUCCAGAAACAGCUGCUCUUCCCUCGCACGACACAGAUUGUGAUCGAGGAUGGCUUUGGAGGGCUUGUCCGUCGCUUACGUGAACCUUGGGAUCUUCAUGGCCUGUCCACCAAACGGACAGGCCAAUCGGUGUGCUGGCCCCAGGAGUGUGAGGUCAUUAAGGAGCGGAUUAGACAUAUUGAGGGAGUUCCAUUAGGACCAGAACCUCUCUACCUUGUAACUGGUUUGGAAGAAGCACCAAUCUACACUGAAGAGGGUGAAGUGGUUUAUGUCACCAGCAAAGCUAACUCGGAACCUUUCUUCACCUUCUCACGGGUGGGUGGCAGUUCCCAGCCCCUGACCCAGGCAGCCAUUAACCUCGACAAGCAGGACAACACGCUGAUAUUUGAGGCUCGCUUCGAGUGUGGAAACCUGCAGAAAGUUCUGAAAGUCGGGGAACACGACUACAACCUGAUCUUACGCACGGACCUGUACACGGCGAGACACACCCAGUGGUUCUACUUCCGGGUGCAGAACAUGCAGAAGGCCGUCCCUUAUCGCUUCACCAUCGUCAACCUGAUGAAGCCCAGCAGCCUGUACAACAGGGGCAUGAAGCCGCUGAUGUACUCCACCAAGGACGCUGAAGAGGAUCGCCUGGGCUGGCGCAGAGUGGGCACCCACAUCAAGUACUACAAGAACAACCACGGAGACGAGAGGCGCCAGUUCUACUCCCUCACCUGGACCUUCCAGUUCCCCCACGACUCUGACACUUGCUACUUCGCCCAUUGUUACCCAUACAGCUACUCCGACCUCCAGGACUACCUGAUCGACGUGGCCACUGACCCGGUCAAGUCCAAGUUCUGCAAGAUCCGGGUCCUCUGCCGCUCACUGGCCGGCAACAUGGUGUACCUCCUGACCGUGACCAACCCUUCCAAGAGCCCAGAAGUGGUGGCGGGGAAGAGGGCGGUGGUCUUGACUGCCCGCGUCCACCCAGGAGAAAGCAACAGUUCGUGGAUGAUGAAGGGGUUCCUCGACCAUCUCCUCGGUGACUCGGCCGAUGCCAGUCUACUCCGGGACACCUUCCUCUUCAAGAUCGUGCCAAUGCUGAACCCUGACGGGGUGAUUGUGGGGAACUACCGUUGCUCGCUCUCUGGCCGGGACCUGAACCGACAGUAUCGCAGCUUCCUGAAGGAGCACUACCCGCCCGUGUGGUAUACCCGGAGGCUCAUCAAACGGUUGGUGGAGGAGCGAGCUGUUUUACUUUACUGCGACUUCCAUGGACACAGCCGGAAGCAGAAUAUCUUCAUGUACGGCUGUCAGGGACAUGGCACAGUGUCAACAUGUGUCAAACAGAGAGUCUUCCCUCUCAUGCUGAGCAAGAACUGCGGCGACAAGUUCUCCUUCCGAAGCUGUAAGUUCCACAUGAAGCGGGAGAAGGAAGGGACGGGCCGCGUGGUGGCGUGGAGGUUGGGAGUGGCCAACAGUUACACAUUGGAGGCCACCUUCUGUGGCUCCACCUUGGGAAACAAAAGGAAUAUUCAUUUCAAUGUGAGAGAUCUGGAAGCAAUGGGCUUCCAGUUUUGUGACACUCUUCUGGACUACUGCGAUCCUGACCAAUCAAAGUACAUCCAAUGUAUAGAGCAACUGAAGAACCAAAUAAAGGAAGAUAUUGCAGCCAAAAUGGGGAUUUCUGGUGCUGAAUAUGAUUCUGACGCACCACUAAGUGAAAUCUUAUCCUGCAUUGAAUCCAGCUCCACUGGAUCAAACAGCUCCGAAUCCGAUGAGCCGCCUUUGAAUUUAGUUAACAAGGAACGUGCUGAAUUCUCGAGAAAGGUUGUCCCUAAGCAGCUUUGCUUCAUUUUCAAAGUCAAGUUUACACUUCUUACAUCACAAGCACAGCCGGCCAAGGUACCUGCAGAGAUCCAAGAAGAAAAGCGCCGAGGCCACAUCCCCUAUCGGAAAGGCAGUGACCCAGACUCUGACACAAACGUGAAGGUUCCGUACAGGACUAGUGAAGGUUCACCACCCGAUGACCAUGGAUCUGGAAGGCUCAGUGUAGAACGACAGCACAGCACAAAAAGUAGGAAGUUUCAGAGCAACAUCAAUCGUGUACAUGUUACCAGGGCGUGGGGCAGGUCCGGCAGCCCCUGGAAUAAGCUGUCAUUCAUUCCAUGGUUGCCAUGGCAGCGGCUGACAGCAAAAGAUGGCAAAACAUGGACAGGGGAUUGGCCGACCGUCAUCUUCAGAUUGGCAUUUCCUGAUGAGUGGGAUGCAUCUGGGAUCACCACUAGGGCCUCAGCUACGUUGUGA